UUCAUUUUCAGCAUAUACAACCCCAUCGUAUGGAGCAACAGAUAUUCCCUUAUACAAGACAACUGAUGACCUCCUCUGUCCUAAUGCAUCGCAGAUUAUUACAUCUCCUGGUUACCCAAAUGGAUAUAAAAAUAACAUGGAGUACAGGUGGACGUUCCGUACCCGAUAUCCGGGAAGUUUGCUCUCGAUUAAAUUCAACCAUUUUGACAUAGAAAAAAACUACGACUAUGUGCUCAUCUUCAGCGACGGUGAGCAGAUUGCCAGCUACACUGGUUCCCAGAUCCCUUCAACAUUGUCAGCAAAGGCACCGUUGACGGUUGUCUUUCAAAGUGAUUACUUCGUAACCGCUAGUGGAUUUGAAGCUGAAAUAUCAGGAUUAAGUAAUGGAAUUUAUUCUGACUUCGAUGAUGGAUGGAGUGGGUGGAAUCCUUAUCCAUAUUCGAGUUCUAGUUAUCAAUCGUUUAAGCGGUCUUCCGAGAAAAUCAUUGGAGAUGAUACAAAUCGUUACUCUGCAUCAGAGUAUUAUUCCUAUAUUGAAUCGUCUUCUGGUAACUCGCAACGGUAUGGAUAUUUAGAUAGUACCAUAAUACCAUCUACUUGGAGUGAUGGUUGCAUUGAAUUCUACUACUACAUGACUGGAGGGGCAUAUCAACAUUUAUAUGUCAAGCAUUAUAUCGGCUCUAAUGGAAAGUACCUGAUGCUGUUGUACUACUACUUAGGCACCGAGUGGCAGUAUGGUCGUGUACAAUUCAUCAGCGGCAGUUCUUCAAACAAAAUAAGGUUUGAGGGGGAAGUUGACCAUGGAAGCACAGGAAAUAAAACAAUUCUAGCGAUUGAUGAUGUAUAUAUCAGUGAAGGAAAAUGCCCGCCCAUCACAGAUGGUACUUGUUUUGGUUAUCAAACAUUGAAGUCGUCUUCUGAAAACCUCGUUGGAAAUGCCGAUACAAAUAUUUACUCUGCAUCAGAUGGAAUUUGUUCCGACUUUGAUGAUGGUUGGAGUGGGUGGAAUCCUCAUCCAUAUUCAAGUUCUGGUCAUCAAUCGUGGAAGCGGUCUUCUGGGAAACUAACUGGGGAUGAUACAAAUCGUUAUUCUGGAUCAGAUGAUUACUAUACGUAUAUUGAGUCGUCUUCUGGGAACUCUCAGCCGUAUGGAUAUUUUGAUAGUGCCGCACUACCUACUACCUGGAGUGAUGGUUGCAUUGAAUUCUACUAUUACAUGAGUGGACUUGCAAAUCAGUUGCAUGUCAGGCAUGUUAUCGGCUCUAGCCAAAAUAACCUGAUGGUGUUGUACUACUCAGGCACCGGGUGGCAAUAUGGUCGUGUACAAUUUAUCAGCGGCAGUUCUUCAAACAAAAUAAGGUUUCGGGGGUACGUUAUCCAUGGAAGCACUAGCAGUAAAACAAUUAUUGCGAUUGAUGAUGUUUAUAUCAGUGAAGGAAAAUGCUCACAUACCCAAGAUGCAACUGUGCCUCCUACAAGUAAUAUUAACUUGUCAACAUUACAAGACGGGCGAACGACAUCACCAAGCAUGAAGUCAAAACUUAAUGUCAUUUGCAGUGAUUCGUACAUGACAGUGUAUUUGGAUCCUUCAAUUAGUAAAGACGAUAACGUUCAAUUUCUUGACCCAACAUGUACGGCUGCCGGAAUUGUUUAUCGAAAUGACAGUCGGUGGAUUUAUUUAUAUACUCGCUAUGACCAAUGCCAAACCACACAGACGUCCACAACAUGGUCAACAACCUACCGUAAUCAAGUAAUCAUAUUUACGCACACAAACUAUGAGAUAUACCGGAAGGAGGAUCUUCACUUUACGGUAGAAUGUGAGGUUAAAAAUAGAGGGAGAGCCGCUGUGGGCUUUGCUCCAGAGGGCGCUGGGGAAGACUAUUUCAAGCGAGAAAGUGGAAAUUUGACGUUUACAAUGGUGCUGUAUACCAAUGCCAGUUACUCUACCCCAUAUUCCAGUUGGCAGUAUCCUGUAAAACUGGACCUUGGUAGUAAAGCAUUCGUUGGUGCAAGCGUGGAAACGUUCGGCAACGAUAUGGUCCUGUUUGCUGAUUCCUGUAAGACGACUCCUAACUCUGACUCAGACGCAAGUCCACAGUACCAACUAAUUGAAAACGGUUGUGGCGUAGAUUCGACAGUUGAUUUCGAUGGCCAAUCAACGGUCAACAAAACAUCUCGUGUCUUCUUUUCAUUUGAAACUUUUGGCUUCAGGGAUUAUUCAACGGUGUUUGUACAUUGCCAAUUAUUUGUUUGCAAUGGGAGUGAUGUGCAAUGUCGUAGGGACUGCCAGCAACGUGGACGCCGUGAUGUAUCUGCACCGAACAAACUAUCUGAUACGAUUCCGAUUGCUAUUGGACCUGUGAUACUAAAGCGACCAGACGACGGUUUGGAUGUUAUCCUUGACACCAAAGAUUCGACUUCAGGAGGAAUAUUUCCAGCAUUGUCUACAACAUUGUUGUUUGCUGUUUGUCUUGUGAUGCUGGCUGUAGCGUGUGUCCUUUGGAUCAAGAGCCGAGCAAACAACAGGAAUUCGUACCAGAAACUGGAAACAAACGUUGACGAGAUGAUGUGAAUGAAACUGGGAAACCCCUUAAGCUACAUUAUGAAACUUCGUUUCUUAGUUAACACAUUUAUUUUAUGAUUUUGCAUGCUUGUAGUGUGUAGCCGAUGUAAUUGAUAGCUGGAUAACUACAUUACUGAAUUAAGAAUUUUGAAAUUUUUAUUAUUUUAGGCCUAACUGCCACUUACCUUGCAUAAUUGUGUUUCGAUUAAUAGCUUCAGUGAUUAUUUUAGUUAUGCCGUGUUUUGAAGUUUGACUUUAUCGAAUGAAAACAAUAUUGAAAAGGAAUUGUUCGCAAGUUUAUUUCGAUUAGUUUUGUUUUCUUUGUUUCAUGUAUAGUUGAGCAUGGUCAGCGUGUGGUUCGAACUCCCGACGACAGGAUUAACAAUUUGAACAGAAGGACCUAUUAUUAUCCACACGUCCCUGGUUACUAAGAAAUAGAUAAAUAUAAAAAAAUGUUGAUAAUAAUAAUAAUAAUAAUAAUAAUAAUAAUAAUAAUAAUAAUAAUAAUACAAAUAUAAUCAUUUUAUUACAGUAUACACUAUUCUCGUGUAAGGCAACUAUUUAUUUGGCCAAAAACCUCAAACCAAUUCGUAAUUUCUGAAUUUGUUCAUAUUUUGUCAAGAUGUUCCAUUAGAGAGGGUGCUGCGUUGGAGAUCAAAAAAUUAUGUGAAAAACACUGAUAAAUAUGAAAGCAGCUGUAUGCCAGUUAAUCAUUGAAAACAUUACUUUCAAAUAAUCAUGAUAUUUACUGUAUUGUAGUGAAACAGGUGAAUUUUCUUUUAGUGAUAAGCUGAUAUUGAACAGAAAAUGUUAAAUGAUUUAAGCCUAUUAAACCGACUCAACACAAAGUUUA